AUGAGAAGUGUCAAAAAAUUUUACGACUACUACGAGGAAGAAAAAGAAGAAGAAGAAGAUUAUGGGCAUGAUUAUAUUCUCGAACUCCAUAUUAAAAGUGCCUUGAUCGACAAAUCAAGCGUUUGGCCAGAGACGGGGAACAACAUAGGGGACUAUUAUGUUAUAGUGACGGACAUAUAUGAGAGAGAGUAUACAACUCCAAUGGUUCUUGGAUUACCAACAAAAACUGGUUCGGCCUAUGUUUUUCCAUGGAACUGGUUGUUUCAUAUAGGUUUCGACGAGUUUCCGCACGGAGGGUCCUUGAAGGUGGAGAUUAUUCGGGUUGGACAUGUCGAAGAUCCCGGAACGUCAGACGGCAUUACGGUGAUGGGCAGAGUUGAAAUUCCUAUGCCGGAUCGUAUUAAGGAUGAGUGGGAUGGGCGCGAGGGAAUUCUCACUAGGCUUGUUCGGUUUGAUGAUUUAAAGGUUAAAGGAUUAAUUUAUGUGGGCAUGAAGUUCACGAGUGUAUGGGCUAAGAAGAAGCCAUUGCCUCAAUUAAGCGACUAUAUGUAA